AUGACCAUCGACGCCGAAGCUACCGCCGUUUCCAAUGGAAACCAGGAAAUCGCCGUCACCAGCACCGAGCUGGUCGUCUUCGACUUUGACGAGACCAUAGUCGACUGCAACUCUGACACGUACAUCAACGUGCUGGCGCCGGGCGGGACGAUUCCGGAGACCAUUUGGGCGACCUUCCAGAAUGACAACGACUGGACCGCGUACAUGCAGGCGGUCUUCCAGUACCUGGGCGCGGCGGGCGUCACCGAGGCGGAGUACCGCCGCUGCCUCGCUACGAUGCCCUUUGUGGAGGGGAUGAAGGCGCUGCUGGGGCGGCUCGCCUCGGGGCUGGUCGUAAAGAGCGGACAGAAGACGGCCUACGAGGUGAUUGUCAUCUCAGAUGCGAACAGCUUCUUCAUCAACUACACACUGCAGGUUCACCAGUUGGAUGCUGGGGUGAAAAAGGUCUUCACGAACCCGGCCGCUUUUGACCCCACCACCGGCGUCCUGCAGAUGGAGCGCUACCACGAGCAAAAUUGGUGCCCCCUUUCCGCGCGCAAUCUCUGCAAGGGCCACGUCCUGAAGGAGUACAUUGCCAAGCGCGGCGCCGAGGGCGUCCACUUUGAGCGGGUCAACUACGCCGGAGAUGGCUCGAAUGACCUCUGUCCUUCGCUGAAGCUCGGCCCCCGGGAUCGCGUCUUUCCCCGUGUCGGCUAUCCGCUGCACAAGCUGACGCUGGCGAAGCAGGCUUCAAAGGAGCUCCAGGCGCCCAUCUUUCCCUUUGUCGGGGGAGAGGACAUUUGGAAAGUGUUGGUCGCUGGGGAUGAGCACCAGUAA